AUGAGAUUUAGGAAUGCUCUCGGUUCUAGACUCUUCCAGUGGUGUUCGCAUGAGUAUCAUACAUCUGUCCGGAAGCUGUUGGAUGUGGAUGGAGCGUCGGAGAGAUCAAAGCUCCUUAAAAAAAUGUCUGUUUUGAUGGGUUAUAGCUAUCCACAAGAUUUAGUCGGGCAACAAAUAGCCCCCGGGGAAUCUACUGCAGAGUUGAUUAGUGCCUUCAAAGAAAUUGAUUUCCCAGAAAUUGCUGCAAAGUUUCCAUGCAUAAAAAUUGGUGAUGCAUCACCUGUUGAACUGUAUGAGGAUUCUACUAACAUGAAGUUUAAAGAAACUGUGCUUUCUGAAAACCUCACAAAUUUCAUCCGAGGUUCAGGUCGAAAUUUGGAGACAGCUUAUGAAUUUCAUAAUGACUGUCAUCCAUUGAGUCAAACACCCACAACUGCAGACGAUCUUUUAAUCAGUGAAGAUAUUCCUCUCAUGACACAGCAUAUUUCUCAGGAACCAGCAGUUGAUAAGAAGUCUUGUCCCAAGUCAAUGUCAGAUGCUAUAACCUCUGACAACAGUAUACUGGAUAAAAGUAUCAGGUGCUUGCCUGGAACAACUAGUAGGCAAUGUCGCCAGCUAGAGGAUGCUGGUUUCCAUACGGUCCGCAAAUUAUUGCAGCAUUUUCCUCGGACUUAUGCAGAUCUGCAAAACCCUCAAGGCCCCAUAGAAGAUGGGCAGUACAUUAUGUUAUUUGGUACUGUUAUAUCUUCCAGGGGAAUCAAGGUUAAGUCCACUUUAGGUUUUCUUGAGGUGGUUGUUGGUUGUUCCAUAGUCGAGUCUGAAUUGAGCUCUUCAGUUGAGGGUAGUCACUCCGGAGCAGAGCAGAAGAGAAUUCAUUUGCACCUCAAGAAAUUUUUCAGUGGCACACGUUUCUCUUCCCAACAUUUUCUUAACUGUAUGUCAGCAAAGCACAAGGAGGGGGAUCUUGUUUUUGUUAGUGGUAAGAUUAAAAAGGCGCUUGCUAAUGGUCAUUAUGAGUUGAAGGAGCACACAAUUGAUGCUCUUGAAGGAGAAGGGGAACAAAGCACUAUGCUUGACAGGAAACCACACCCUAUAUACCCAUCAAAAGCGGGAUUAAAACCUAGUCUGCUGGGCCUUUCUAUCUCUAGGGCCUUGAAGAUACUGAACCCGGAUGUUGAUCCUAUGCCUCCUGAUGUUCUCGUUGAAUUCAACUUGCUUAAUCUCUUUGAUAUAAGCACCUACCCUGUUUGCUUGCAGCUGAAGGGUUUUACAGCCGCUGUAGCUUACAUGGGAAUUCACAAACCUAAGGAUCGAUCUGAAGCUGAUUUAGCUCGAAGAAGGCUUAUAUUUGAUGAUUUCUUUUACCUCCAGUUGGGAAGACUAUUUCAAAUGCUUGAAGCAGUUGGUAUGCGGGUUGAGAAAGAGGAAUUGUUAUACAAGUGUAAAAAUCAUGAGCUAAAUACUGUUGGUGUAGACGAUUGGUCUCCUCUUACAAAGAAAUUGUUGAGGGCUCUUCCUUAUUCGCUUACUCAAAGUCAAAUGAAUGCUGUUAAAGAGAUUAUAUGGGAUCUCAGGAGACCAGUUCCCAUGAACAGACUCUUGCAGGGGGAUGUUGGCUGUGGAAAGACCAUUGUUGCUUUCCUGGCAUGUAUGGAGGUUGUUAAUUCAGGGUUUCAGGCCGCUUUCAUGGUUCCAACAGAGGUGCUUGCUGUCCAGCAUUAUGAACACCUAACUUCAUUGCUAGAGAAGUUUGAUGGAGAUGAGAAACCAAAUAUUGCCAUGCUAACUGGUUCAACUUCCACAAGGGAGUCAAGGAUAAUUCGAAAUGGUCUGGAAACUGGAGAGAUAGCCAUGGUCAUUGGAACACACAGCUUAAUAGCUGAUAAAACUGAUUUUUCAUCUUUACGUAUCUCUGUUAUAGAUGAACAGCAGCGCUUUGGAGUUGUACAGAGAGGCAGGUUUAAUAGUAAGCUAUAUACUUCUUCCUCAAAGUUGAGUGAUGAAAAUACAAGUUCAGAUGAGACUUCUGAUUCUGAAACAUUUAUGGCUCCCCAUGUUCUUGCGAUCAUGCGAUGUCAGCUCCCCAUGUUCUUGCUUUAUAUGAUUACGGACUUGCCUCCUGGAAGGCAACCUAUUGAAACGCUUGCUCUUGAAGGAAAUGAUGUUGGGUUUCAAACUGUCUUCCAGAUGAUGAGGGAUGAACUGAUAGAUGGGGGCAAGGUCUACCUUGUGUAUCCUAUCAUAGAUGAGUCUGACCAGUUGCCACAACUCCGUGCUGCAACGGCUGAAUUUGAUUCCAUAAAGAAAAAAAUUGAAGGCUAUCCCUGUGGGCUAUUGCACGGCCGCAUGAGGAGCAAUCAGAAGGAAGAAACUCUUAGCAGUUUUAGAGGCGGAGAAACACGCAUUCUCCUCUCGACACAGGUGAUUGAGAUCGGGGUCGAUGUUCCUGAUGCUUCCAUGAUGAUUGUCAUGAACGCCGAGAGAUUGGAGAUCGAUGGCGGUAUUUUACAAGAGGCCCAUCUUGCCGCUCUGAAAGUGCUGGUCGCAAGCAACGACCUAGCAUUGUAUCCACGGCUGAAGGUGGAGCUCAGCAUGAGGCAGCCAUUGUGCAUUCUUGGAGAUUGA